AUGUCCGGUCCGCCAGACCAGUGCUUCAUCUGGGAGACGCACAGCUACCUCUGCCGCAUCAAGCGCGAACCGGACGGUCCCCUUCCCUUCGUCUUCCCGCCUUUGACCGCCGAGGAAGCCGCUUUCUUCGUCCCCAGCGCUCCGAAAUUCGAGGCGCGCUACACGCAGGACUGGGAGACGAACGAGAAGAUCCCGUGGUUGACCUACCUCGUCAAGAGCGGCUGGUAUUCGCGAGACACUCGCGGCGACCAGGAGCUCAUUCGGAAGGAGCUGCAGAAGCCGCGCUCCGACUGCUCGAUCGCUGAGCCAGCUCGCACGCAGUGUCUCCUGCUCCUCAAAGGACUGUACGGCUUCCAUACCCAGUACGACAUCAACAUCGAAGGCUGCCCCUGGCAGUUCUGCGCAGCCGACGUCGCGCCCGUCAUCCGCCUCCUCAAGACGUACUACUACCGCAAGGGACAGGACCUCCCGUCCGACAUCCUCGACCGCCUUGCGCCCGUCUUCCAGCAAAGCCUCAUCUUCUACACGCUCGGCUUGAAGCCAGAGGGACACGUGCAGGACCAGCUGGCGGUCAGGCGCAUGGUCGACUGA